AUGCCACCAGCCGCUGCUUCCCUACCUGAACAGAGUGUUGUUGCUGAAGAGGACAACAAGAAGAAUAACUUGAAGCGUCCGUCAAACUCUAGUGAAGAAGCUUUUCAAAAGUCAAUUGAUGAAAUAAAGAACACGAUUGAUAAGUUGCAAGCGGAAAUGACUGUUAUAAAUGAAAAAAUUAACAACGCCGAUAGAAGUUCCGCGUCAUUAAAAAAAGAUGAACUUCGUGAAAAGCAAUCUGAAAUUAGAAAAAAGCGGACACAGACAAGAGAAUUGUUGAAAAAUAUGAAUGAUUCAUUUCAACGAAAGAAACGUGAAUUAAGAAUGAACAAAGACAAAAGUCAGUAUAAAACAACUAAAGAGGUUGACAAUCAGAUAAUAAAAUUAGAAAAGCAAAUCGAGUCGGGUAGUCUAAAAAUUAUCGAAGAAAAAAGGAUAGUUGCAGAAAUCUCCCAACUAAAAAAGCUAAAAAAGACUGUCGAGUCUUUUGAUAUCCAGCAAUUUAUCAUCGAUGAGGAACAAAAGGCCAUCGAUGAAUUAAGGAAGACUCUAGACGACGACGAAAUCGAUAUGAAAAAAUAUAAUUCCGAAUUCGAUCAAUUGAAAAACGAGCUUGAUGAAAUUAAUGUACUAUACGACGAGAAAAAACGAAUUCGUGAACUAAUUGCCAACGAAAUUGAAAAUAGACGCGAAAUCAUAAAUGCCAGAAAUCAAUUUCGACAACAACAGGAUGAAGAACGUCGUCGCCGAUGGGAAGCACAAAAAGAAAAGAAGGAACAGUAUGAGGCACAAAAAAGAGCUGAUAUAGCCGCACGCAUUAGAGAAGAUGCAUCCAUCCCGGCGUUCCAGAAUGAGAUUUAUACUUGUGACGCUUUAAUCAAUUAUUUCCAAACUUUUCAAGGUAAUGGUAAAGCCAACGAGCAAACACCAGCUGCUACUUCAGCUUUUAGCACGAAUAUACGCGAACUUGAUACUUCAUCCAAUAUGCCUGAAGGAAUGAUACUUACUAAAAAGGCUGAUCGUAAUGAUGAUUAUUUCAUCGGGAAAAAAAAUAGCAGCAAAAAGAAAACACCUAAAGACAAAAAGUCUACUAGUUUCAAUCUCGACAUCGAUAUCCUACAACAAUUGACCACCGUAAAAGUCUCCAUUCCUAUUAACGUAGCUGAUAUCGGAAAGACCAUCGAAGAUCUCAUCGCGAGAAAAGAUUAUUACCUUGAAAACCAGCUCAAGGUAACUAAUGAAAAUAUCGAGAAAGCUGAAGCAGAAAUUUCGGCUUUAGAAAAUAGAUCUAUAAGAGGCCAAGAUUAUCGUGAACGAUCACGCAAUAAACAAUCUAAUAAAUCGACUAUUACUCAAAGCGAAGUGGCUUCGACCACCAGCACUGUUGUUACAACAACACUCGAAGUUGUAGAAACAGUUGAAACUACCUCCACAAAUAAUGAAAUGGUAUCGGAAGAAAUUUUGGAUAAUGCAUCUAGUUCUGCCGUUGCCUCUCAAGUUAAGGAGGAAACCCAAUAA